AUGGAUGGUCUGGAGGCUCAGCCCAAGAACCUAGAGUCGUUGGUUAACAUCCCGUUUCCUAGCACGCUACGAGCUAUGCAAUCCUUUCUCGGGAGCUUGAACUACUACCGUCGCUUCAUUGAGGAUUUCGCGGUGUAUGCCGCGGUGUUGUAUGAGUUAAGAGAAAAGGAUUUCUUCGAGAUCGGCCGAUCUCAGCUUGCAGCAGGAGACGAAUGCUCCAACGAGGGUCGAUGGACGGAAGCCAAGGUUGCUUUCACUAUGCUAAAAGCUAAGAUAGCUACAGCUCCCAUGCUCAAGCAUUUCGACCCAGAUCGGUCCCCCGUAAUUGUGGUCUACGCUAGCAAGUGGGCUGUCUCAGCGGCCCUGAUACAGGAGUACGAUGGCGUUUAUCAUCCGGUUAUGUUUACUAGCCGCACUUUAAAGCCUAAUGAGCUUAACUACGGAACGGUAGAAAAAGAAGUGCUGGCGCUACUUCGUGUGUUGGAUGUAUGCUAUACUACGCUUGCCUCGCGGGAGAUCACUGUACUGACCCGACAUUCUACGUUAGCCUGGUUGAUGCAGUCUCGAGGGCUCAACGGGAGAUUAGGACGGUGGGCUGAUUUGUUGUCAAAUUGGACUAUGGAGGUGAAGAAAUGUGAAAGAGGAGAGGAAGAGAUCCUGGGCAUGUUAGCAGCGAGUAUCACUCCGAGAGGAGAAGUGGAAGAGAUGCUGAUUGCGAUCUCCCCACGAAAAGACUGUCGACUCAAAAUAUCGAUGCCUCCUCCAACGGUGGAAACAGAUGAGGAGUUGCUGGUGGCUAGUUUCGAUGGAUCGGCUAGGAUAAAAGAGAAAGGAGGGUCGUUCAGUGCCGUGAUAUGGAAGUUACCCGAAUGGACGAUCGUGGCGGCCGAAUCGAGAUAUGUUCACGAUCUGACUGUGAAUGAAGCUGAGUAUAAUGGCUUGCUACUGUGCUUUGAGUUACUCGCCGAUCUGGAUAGGGGGCGAGUAAUACUGUGUGGAGAUUCCAGUCUGGUGAUUCGACAGAUGCGCGGUGAGAUCGACUGCAAGGCACCGGGCCUUCAGCUUCUGAGACACAAAGCGUUGGAGAAGCUGCAGUCAUGGCCUAGUCACGAGUUUCUGCAUAUGAAGCGAGAGUGGAAUCAGAGCGCAGAUCGACUAGCCAGCACUGCAUUGCAGAGCGAAAAGGGAAGAACGGUUGUAGCUGAAGAGGAUCGGCAAGAUCUGAAGACUAUGAACCGUCUCGAUGAAUUGUUGAAGCCCAAGCAAGAUGGUCAGCUAGCUCGGGUAACUGCGAUCGCGAGAUCAGCCAGGAGGAUACGUCAUGAACCUGAAGUGAUACAGGAGGGAGAUAGUACAGAGGAUCAGGAUUCAACGAAUUUUCCAAGCUCAAGAUGA